AUGAACGAAGGUUUGUUCAACCCUGUCAGAAGUGGGAUAGAGUACAUCGACGGCUGGAUGCUGACCGGUUAUGCCGCCCAAAAAGCGAUGCUGAGCAUCAGUUUCUCUAAGAUUGUAGCUAAUAUCAAAAACGGCGAACCCACAGUGGAGGACACAGCAGCAGUCCGUUUAUGGUCACACAUUUGCCUUUAUCAUCUCCAUUGGGCAGCCACUACCGGACGGCCUUCAACGAUUCCAACUUCUUACCUCAAACAUUGCAAUAUCAUACUCAACUUCUACGACGGGACCCUCGAGGACAGCUUAAUCCUGGCAGAGAUAGCGCUGUACGAAAGUGUGCUGCAGAAAAUGAAUGAGCGACCCUCUUUGCACUCGGAGGAUGAGGAAUUUGCGGAAUGGAAGCAGAAGUGGAAUUAUCUUUUGUCACUCCCUACAUCAUCUUUUCUUAAGAUCGGCUACUCCUCUGCGUGCCUCAUUCUGACGACCAAAUGGCUCGAGGACUUGGGAGAUGAUCUACGGUCGGCAGCAUUCCUGUCAAAUAGCCCGCUUGGCAACGACGCCCCCGUGCCUUCGCGGACCCAGCAUUCCGACAAGACCAACCCGAAGGCAGCGCUUCUAAGCCUCAGAGCCCGUAGUCUGAUGCACGCGCGCUCAAUCCUCGAAACAUUCCUCCAAAUGCCGCACUUCCUGAAAAACGGCAUUAUGUCCAACAGGUGUCUCUGCCUCGGCUACAGCGCGCUUAUCCUCGCUCAUUACGGAGAGCUGCACUCGGACCCGCAGGACAAGCACAGCUUGCAUCUCGUUUCGCGGCUUGAAGACUGGCUCAGCAAAGCUCCCGGAAAGUCGGCGGUGAUCAAAUUCGCAACCAUGGCGAAACAGCGGCUGAUGACGAGGCUGAGCAGUGGUCCUGCGAACGACGAAGCUCUGGGUUUAACUUCCGAGAAGACGUCUACCAAAGAGAAUAACAGGAGUUAUUCUCUACAUCCGGCUUCGGAUGGCGCUACCGCUGUCGAUACUACGGGCUACGAAACCCAUGGUGAUGCUACCUUUCCCAACAUGGAGGAGUUUUUCAGUGGGGGGUUUCUAGGCUUCCAGUUUGAGUAG